AUGAUAAAUAAUUAUUAGAAUUUUACAAUCUAAAACAUUCCAGAACAUAUCAAUCAAUUACAAAACUUUAAGAAAUGGACUCGUGUAGGAUCAAACUUAAAAGGAGCAAUAAUGAUUGGUAUAAUUGAGCAUUGUAUCAAUAAUAAUGAAAUUGGUAUAUUGAAAGAUAUGAUCUAACUUACAUCAUGCUAAGGCAACGAUAAAGCAUUAAAAUUUAAGAAUACUUUGUACAAUGCCCUAAAGAACUUAUAAGGCGAUUCAAUAAUUAUUUACAUCUUAGAAUACUUAAUGCAAAAGGAUUAAUAUAAUAAUUCCACAUAACAAUUUCUAGAUGAAUUUUUUAAGGGGAAAUAUAGUUAUUCUCUUUCAGAUGAAGAAUUAAUUCAAGAAUUUUAGAAAGUCUUCAAAAUUAAAUUGAUUAUUUCAAAAUAUCCUCCUACAAAAUAGUCAAAUUAACAACCGAUUGAUUCUAAAGACAGAAAUAGUAUUAUUAUAUUCAAUUUGGAUAAUAAGUACUAUGUGAUUAAAAAAGAGCAGAACAACUUGGUUGAAAAAUGUCGCUGUUGUUAAAAUAAAAAUUCAAAAGAAUUGCUGAAAUUUGAAUGCAACCAUUUAAUUUGUCUGACUUGUUUAAAGAAGUAAUUCUCUCAAAAUUAAAUUAAAAUAAAUUGCAAUCAAUAACACUGUCCCUCUUAAAUAACUUAUUAAUAGUUCUAAUAAAAAAUGAAAAAUUAUGGAGACACUUCAAUAAUACCAAUAUCCCAAGAGUGCUGCAUUCUUUGUAAAACCAAAUCAAAUCUUGAAUUUUUAAUAAGGCCACAAGAAUGUUCUCAUAUGUUUUGCAUGCAAUGUUUGUAAGAUAAAUUCAAAACCAAUUAACAAAAUGAUUUAAGGUGUCUUAUUGUUGGCUGCAAUGGUAAAUUUAAUUAAAAAGAAAUACCAUCAAGCAUUUCUAGUAAAAUAACACAAUCUCAAAUCGUUCAAAAAUAAACUGAAAUAAUAAUGAAACCUGAUAAUUAAUAAAAACAAAUCUCAUAAUCUAUGAUUUCUAGCAAUGGGAAAUCUAUUGAUAAGAAUCUAAAUCCCCAAUGUAAUUAUUGUCUUAAGUAAUUCACAGAAGAUUUUAUAUACAAGACUAGAUGCAAUCAUUUAAUAUGUAAAUCUUGUUUCUUAAAGAUAUAAAAUAUAAAUGCUGAGUAAUUCAAAUGUAAUAUAUCGAAAUGUAAUGAAAUUAUAAAAUCAAAAGAAUUAAGUUAAUAUUUUAAGUUAUCUUAGAGUUAAAACUCACAAUAAAUAUGUGGCAAUUGCGAGAAGAUCUGCGAAAAGACAGAAUCAUUUUGUAAAACAAAUUGUCAUCACUUAAUAUGUGUAAAAUGUGUUACUGCUAUCUAUAAAUCAUAACGAACUCCAAAGUGUCUAAAAUGCAACAUAGUGAUAAAUGAAGACUUGCUGGAUGAAUACUUUUUAUAAAUUUAGGUUCAAUUUACGAAAGACGUAUCUGAAAUUAAGAGCAUUGAUCCAGAGUUUUAGGAGGAUUGCACAUUUUGUCACUCCCCCUUUACAGAGUACAAUACUUAUUAAAAUUUGGAUUGCAAAAACCAUGCAAUAGGUUCAUGCUGCAUAAUCUUCCCAUUAAAUUGCCCAUAAUGUUAGAUGAACUCAUUGAUUGUUGAAAAAUGUAUUGUAAUUGUUAUAAAUUAGAAAAAUUGCAUUUUUUUUUAUUUUAUAAUGAUUCGGACUUUAUUAAACAUCAAACAUAAGGUAAAUUCAAAUGA